AUGAACUUGCAGAAAGGCUUCAGCGUGUUACUGCUGGUCGUUUGCAGCAUUUUGAAUGUGAAGUGUGGAAUUCUGUACCCUGAAGAAGACUUCGAUACAGCCACGCCUUCCAUAAGGAAUGUCCCUCCUUCACUGCGAGAUUUGGUAAACAAAUUGAUGGAAGUCACUGAGAAACUAAACGGGGCUACGGACUCCGACGUUUCCUUCCACCCACUUGUCAGCAAGCAGGGCGAGUUCGAAUUUGGUCUUGGGGACAUCAAGGCUGACCCUUACGUGACAGGAUUGGACCUGAGCUGGUCCUCUACCCUGGACACCUGUAAACUGGUUAUUGCAGGAGACAACUUCAAAUUACACGGUAAACUGAGAUAUGGCUACACUUUCUUUGACCUUGACCAUCUGUUAACUGAAGGACAUUCUGUGCAAGAUAUUGUGGCUAAGAUUUUACCAUCUCCGCAUUGCCAAACGGAAGAUCCAUUCACGAAUUCGUUUUUGAUGGUCUACAGGAAUGUAUCCAAAUUGGAAUUAUUUCAAGAAUUGGAUAAUUUGACUGUAUCUCGAAUGAAAAGGGAUGUGGAAAAGCUCGAUUUCGGUAAAAGAAUUCCAAAGGAGACGAGUUCAAGCACGGAAAACUCCGGAUGUCGUCUGGUGCCCUGGACGGUGGAUUUUGUCAAAAUGAAUUGGGAUAGAUUUAUCAUGUCCCCAAAGACUUAUCAGGCCAACUCCUGCGAAGGGCAUUGUCCACCAAUGAGUAUGUUCCCUACAUCUAAUGACUUACAUUCUGUUUCUAGGCUAACAAAUUACGAGAUCUUGAGAAUACUUUCCGGGGAAAAACGAGGUGAAAAUCGUUGUAGACCUGCAAAAUUCGGUUCUCAAGCGCUCUUAUUUUACAUGUUACAUGAGACGCUGGUCCUAAAAACUGUACCAAACAUGCGAGUUCUAGAGUGCGAAUGCAAAUACUGCAGCUCAAAUUGACAUAGGACAAGUCUGGAAAAUUGAAUUCGUGGAAAACCGAUGUCAUUAUUCUUAAUGAACUGUUCACUGUAAAUAUAUGUGUUUUAUAGAGAAGUACUUUCAAUCAAAUGUUUAUUUAUUUAAGGAAUAGGCGUGUAGGUUGUUUUAUACUGUGCGUUGUGGUUGUAGGGGGGUAAUCUGUGUAUUCAACGGAGACGAUAAUAUAUAUAUAUAUAUAUAUAUAUAUAUAUAUAUAUAUAUAUAUACCUUGCAUACUUCUUUUCGUCCUUAUAUUUAUAUUUUGUAGUUUAACAUGUUAGCGGUAUAUGUACAGUCUGCUUCGUUUUUGUAAAUAUCGGAAAGCUGAAUUCUGUACUGACGUCCUAUGAGGGACAAGAUUUGGAUGCUUUGUAAUAAAAGUCAUUUAAUGCU